CAGAUAUGCAUAAAAUCAAGUUCAGAAAACAAACCUUCUCACUUUUCAAUGUCUCCAUUUCUUUUGCUUGUUCUCGUCUCAUUGUCAUGGGCAAUUUCAGCGAAUGCGCAUGAGAAUGAUUUUCUUCAUUGCCUUUCUUCUUUUCAUUCCAAGGACACAUCUCCCAUCUCUAAAGUCAUCUACACGCCAAAUAAUUCUUCAUAUUCAUCUGUUUUGGAGUCUUCUAUUCAAAAUCUUAGGUUCUCUGAACCAACUACCCCUAAACCUUUGAUCAUUAUAACACCAAAGCAUACUUCCCAUAUUCAAGCAUCAAUUCAUUGCUCAAGAAAAUAUGGGUUUCAAAUUAGAAUUCGAAGUGGUGGCCAUGAUUUUGAAGGUCUUUCUUAUGUCUCUCAUGUUCCAUUUAUCAUCGUUGAUUUGGUCAACUUUCGAUCAGUUGACAUUGAUGACAAGAAUAAAGUUGCAUGGAUUCAAUCUGGUGCAAUUCUUGGUGAAUUUUACUAUGGAAUUGCCCAAAAAAGUAGAACUCUUGCCUUUCCAGCUGGUGUUUGUCAUACUGUGGGUAUUGGUGGGUACUUCAGCGGAGGAGGUUAUGGUUUAUUAUUUCGAAAAUAUGGUCUUGCCGUGGAUAAUAUAAUCGAUGCUCUAUUUAUCGAUGUUAAUGGAAGAAUUCUUGACAGAGAAUCCAUGGGGGAAGAUCUGUUUUGGGCUAUUCGAGGAGGUGGAGGGGGUAGCUUCGGAAUUGUCCUCGCAUGGAAAGUAAAGUUGGUUUCUGUUCCGGCGACUGUGACGGUAUUCAGGAUUAGCAGGACCUUGGAACAAAAUGCAACUAAACUUGUUCACCGUUGGCAAUACGUUGCGCACAAACUUCCUGAUGAUAUGUUCUCUGCUGUUACAAUGAGAAGGGUAAAUUCUAGUCAAGAUGGCAAAAGAACAAUUCUGGCUUCCUUUAGCUCCUUUUUUCUUGGUGGCAUUGAUGAGCUCAUUCCAUUGAUGCAAGAGAGAUUUCCUGAGCUUGGGUUAGUGAAGGAAGAUUGCACUGAAAUGAGUUGGAUCGAAUCUAUUCUCUACUUUGGCCAAAUUCAAAAUAAAUCGUUGGAUAUUUUACUCGACAGGAGUUACAAGACUACUCUUAAUGGUCCAUCUUUCAAAACAAAAUCUGAUUAUGUGAAAAAACCUAUUCCUGAGACUGCACUCGAAGAGAUAUGGUCAAAACUUUAUGAAGAAGAUGCAGAAUCUGCUGUUAUAGGUUUUAUUGCUUAUGGGGGAAAAAUGGAUGAGAUUACAGAGUCUGCAACUCCAUUUCCACACAGAGCUGGCAACUUAUACAAAAUUGUAUACACUGUGGGCUGGCAACAAGAAGACAACAUAAAAUCUAGAAGGUACAUAACUUGGAUCAGAAAACUUUACAGUUUCAUGAACUCUUUUGUCUCUAAAUCUCCACGACAGGCAUACAUUAAUUACAGAGACAAUGACAUCGGAGUUAACAACAAAGGCAACACAAGUUAUGUUCAAGCACGUAUUUGGGGCCGUAAAUAUUUUAAGAAUAAUUUUGAUAAAUUAGUACAAGUUAAAACAAUAAUUGAUCCUGAAAAUUUCUUUAAACAUGAACAAAGCAUUCCUCCUCUUUUAUCUUGAUAAAAGAAAAGAGGUCAUUAUUGUAACCCUUGGCGUCGAGAAUAAAUAAUAAAAAAGAUCUUGAUUUGAGUGUCUUGAUCAAAAUUUUUUAUCUUGUGAGUUGGAUGCCUAGUUGUCAAUUUUACAUUUUACUCAUUACCUUUA